CGCAAUUACAGAAAGUGCCUGAUGUGUGUCUGUUUAACUUUCCCGCCUUGAAAGAAGAAGAAGAAGAAGAAAAAGCUUUCUCGCCGGCUUCUUCGCAUCCACUUUGUGUCUUGUGUGUGAUUUGAAUAGUGUUUACAUCAUUUCCAAGAUAUCAAGAAAAUACCAAGAAAAAUCGAAGGAGAUUUUCCAUAUACAGUUUGAAUAGUAUUGGGUUCAGAAAGGAUCUUUUAUGUAUUUUCGUUAAUUUAGUUACAAUGGAUGACCAAUAUGCUAUAGUAGAAUUUAACGAUGGGCUGCAAAUGAUACCUUCUUCUUGGUUAACUAAAGACAAGAAACAGGCAUAUUGGCCUACUUUUACAUCAACUGAACGAUUUUCCAAAGCUGUACAAAAAUGUAUACCCAAAAUGGACUCUUGGCCGCUGUAUGAAGUUAAGAGAAUUUUAGCAACUGCAAAUAAAUACGAAACAGGAAUGAUUAAACUAAAAAAAGCAGAAUUUAUAUCAGAUAUAAAUUCUGAAAGUGAUGAUGAAACAUCAAAAAGAAAUAGAAAAUAUAGAGCAAAAACCGUUCUUAGUAGCGAUGAAAUAAGUUCAAAUGAAGAAGAAAAUAUUGUCAAAGUACCAUCUUAUCCAAAAGUGCCAUCUUCAAAAGUACAAAAGAAAAAUAAUAAUAUGGAAUCAAAUAAAAAUCCAGUAAAUAAAAUAUUUAAAAGCAAAGAUGUAUUAAAACAGAUAGAAAAUGAAAAUAUUAAUCUAUCAACAACUACACCUUCAAAGAAAAGUAUAGAAACAAAUAUACAUUUAAAGAAAACAAGUGUAGAAAGACACGAUUCAAUUAAUAACACAGAACAUGAUUUCAAUCAUAAUAUAAAAAGUGCACACGACCCUCAAGCUUAUUUUAAAACUGAUUCUGUUAAUACUUAUGAAACAACUGGCACGAAUUGGUGGGACAGACAUUAAGUCAAUAACAUUUAACAUAUUACGACGAAUUAUGAGCGAUUCAGUCGGAAGUAUGUUCAGUUAUGUUGGAGGAAAAAAAAAGUAUCCAUUCUUUGAUUUAUAUCUCCGAAAAAUUAUAUUUGGUGCAGUAAGAAUUUACUUUCCGGAAGCUACUGAACAAAAUAUUUCACAGCCCAUCAAAUCUUGGUUGAGACAUGCAAACGAACGUAGUAAUAAGAAAAACUUAAAUAAGUCAAAGAAAUCUUUGAUGCAAGAAGAUGAAAACCAAUCUAAUAUGGAACAGCAUGCAGAUAGACGUCCACAAAAAGAAAACAUGGAUAAGAGAGCAGAAUCUGUUGCAAGGGUCUGUUUGCAAGAAGACAACCAAGAAGCAGAUGAUGAUGAUGGUGAUGAAACGACUUUAGACGACUUAAUUGGCCCUAAUCUCUUUUAAAUAAUAUGUAUAGGCUCCGAAGUUAAUCACUUACCAUGUGCAAAAAAACUUUUCUAUUUGGUUUAAGUAUUAUUUUUAGUUAAAAUCUACUCAUCUAUGUACACAUGAUGGAUGUUGUCUACUUAAUGUAGUUUUUC